CAGUUGUUGUUUACUUGCAAACGGGGAUUCCGCAGAAAUAGGCGCAUACUUCGUGGACUGCACAAAUUUCGCUAGAUCUACAAGCUUCUCAAGAUUAAAGUGUCUAAUUCUGUUACAGAUUAAGGUAAAGUACAAUGCCAACUAUAGAAAACGAGAAUCCGGAGACAGAGGAAGAAGAAAUGGACCAGGAUUCGCCAGAGAUGAACAGCUCGGAUGACGAGUCGGAUGGUGACGGUUCGGCGGCUGAAAGCAGCGAUAUUGAGUUAGUUGAUGAGGAGGAAUGCUCACGUAGACGAAAUGAAUGUUUAGAUGAUAUGGUGGAACUAGAACGACAAUUUUCAGAUAUCCGAGAACAAUUAUACAAGGAAAGAUUAAACCAGAUUGAAGCGAAGCUAGAAGAAUUGCGUGCUGGGAAAGCUGUAGAAUAUCUAGAGCCACUUGGACAACUGCAGGAACAAAUGCAUGUUCGUACACAAGUAGCAGGUAUUUUGAAAGAGUUACGGAUAAAGGCAUGUAUGACAAAACAUGAAAGUGAAGAAUUGGCAGCAAAUCAGCACAUGAGGAGUGACAAGAUGUUACUGUUUGACUCGAUCAAGUCUGAUUUGGAAGAGAAAAUAAGAAGAUUAGAAGAAGACAGACAUAAUAUAGAUAUUUCAUCAGAUUUAUGGAACGAAAGUCAGUCACAAAAGAAAAAUAAAAGGAAAUCCGAUCCUUUCAACCCUGAUCGUAGACGUAAACCGGUCACUGUGACCGGACCUUACCUUGUAUAUAUGUUAAAAGAUGUUGAUAUUAUAGAUGAUUGGACUGCUAUCAAAAAGGCUUUAAAACAACAGCAACAACAGCAACAAUUACAUAAAAGAAGACCAGAAUAUAAACAAACAAUACAAGUGAGAUGAGAGGAAGCUUAAGGUGCUACUGAUGACAGUGUGUUCUUUAUGAGUGCUGAAUGACCAUCUUUAUGACCAAUGACCUUUAGAGAGUGAAGGAAUAUAAAACAUGCACAGACAGUGACCAGUAUGUGUUACUGUAUCAUUGAAAAAAAUUAGAAAAUUUAUGACAUUCUUCGAGCUUUAAUGGCAUGGACAAAUGAAGAAAUAUAAGGAUUUUGAAACUCUUAACAAUAAAAAAACAGAGCUAAUCCAGUAUGAUAAAAAAUACCACAUUGGUAAAAUUUGGAAUUAAAACCUGUAGUUAAGUGAAGAAACAACAGUUUAAAACUCGGGUCAAAGCAAAACGCAUUUCCAUUUGAAUUACAUGAAGAAACUUUACAGUACAAUACAAUUUACUGGUGCAUGUUCUUUGCGCAUGUCUGAAAUUAAAUUAAUAGGGCCAAUUUCGCUAGAAUCAAGUGGGGGUACUUGAAGAAAAAGUGAAGGCCCAGGGGCAGCAGCCUGACCCUCCACCUUUGAACAUCAGAAUAAAAGAAAGGCCUACUAAAUUUUGCUGUUGCUGGCAUCUGCGUUUUAAACAGGAAUUUCCUGUUUGGUUAAGACUUUGUUGUAUUAUUAUUUAUAUUCAUCCGUACUUUGUGUAUUGAAUUUGAGGUAAAAGAUGUAUUGUGAUUAAAAUAUUUUUAAAACUUGAUACUGUUAAAUGAAAUUUUACUGAAGUAUGAAAUACACAAUGUUAUAUUAUGUGGCAUAUGACUCAAAAUAACUCAAAAGUUAAGGAAAUAUAUGGAUUGUAAUAGAAGUGAGGUACUUGUUAAUAUGUAUUAAAAUCUAGACACUUGGAAUGAGAAGCCCACCCUCCUCUGAAAAUAAUAAUGAAAGCACUAUUUAGUAAUAAUAUGCCAUGGUAUACACUUGAUUAAAAUUUAACAGAAUUCAUUUUUAUCUGACACUUAGUUUCCAAUCAAAUAAUAUUAUCAAGAGUUUCAACAGUUAUCAAAAUAGAACAGAACAAGUUAAAUGUUCCAAUACAUUUUCAACAGAUCCUAUUAAAUGCAAACACAUUUUGUUUUUGAGGUACCUUUUGGUAAACAGGUGCAGAUAAGAAAAGAGCGAGGCACUUAAAGGAACCAUCUACCAAGUGUUUAUGUAAAUGUAUAGAAAAAAAUAAACAAAAUUUUUUUUUGCAACCCCUCUUUAUUAAACUUUAAUAUUUCAGAGUAUCUUUACAAAGAGCCAGUGCAUGAUUUAGGCCUUCAGGUUUUCAAAAUUGGGUAAUUCUAGCUUUAAGGAAAGUAUUACAGUCAAACCUAUGUUAAAGAACUCCUGAAUAAAGGUAGCCACCCAAAUAACGUCCACUUUUGAGAAUCCUUCAAUGAUAAAAUAUAAUAAAGUAACCUCCAAGUAAAGACCACUUAACUAUAAUUAAUGACAAAGAUUUAUCUCUCCUUGGGUGCCCCUUGUUCACAGGUUUCACUGUACAUGUUGAUGUUUUUGGAGAAGCUAGGAAUGUAAUAAAAACAGACUGAUUUUUGCUAUAUAAUUUUAUUUAUGCAACAAAUGAAAUGUUCAAAAGGCUUAGUUAUAAUUUAUAAAUUGUGACAAAAUACAUGUAUUUGUUUAUGUUUUACAUUAUGUACAUAUAUUGUAAAUAAUAGAGUACUGAAAACAAUU